AUGUUCCCUAGUCUUUUGGUGAUUGUGAUUGUUUUGACUUCAGCAUGUCUGGUACAUGCUCAACUUACUUUACCAAUCUUAUCCGAUCCGUCAUUCAAGUUACUUUCAGGUGAGAUAAUAGUAUCACAACAAUUGAAUUCAUGGGGUGUAAAACUUGGUCCCAUAUCUUUGAAUCUAGGCUUAGAUUUAAGCUCUCUUGGCUUAUCAAAACGGCAAGAAAGCAGAUCAAGGUCAUCGCAGAACGUGUCUGUUAAAGAGGCGAAUGAGAAGAGAUUGUUAGGUCUAGAUCUUGGGUUAUUGAAUUUGGGGUUGAAUCUUGGUGGAACAAAGUCGGCGAUCACACAAUCAACGCAGAGUCAAGGUCAAGCGAAAUCAAAAGCUCUGAUCAAUCUCGACCUAGGUGUGGAUUUAUCAGAUUUAGAUAUUCUUAAUUGGGGCGAUGGUGAUAACGUCGUUAAAGGUGAAAGAGGUGAUACUGAGUGGUUCACUUAUAUAUCAGUCGGUACACCACCUCAAUCCAUUCCAGUUCUAUCCGACACUGGAUCAAGUGAUUUAUUCAUCUUUGGACCUGAUUGCGUAUCAUGUCAGUUAAGUAAUCAUACAUAUUACGAACCGAUAAAAUCAUCGACUUGGACAAACGGAUCUGCAUCGUGGAUGUAUGGAUAUGCAGAUGGAUCAGGUGCGAUUGGGUAUACAUCGUCAGAUGUCAUUUCUUUCAGUGACGACGUCGGUCUAUUUUCGAAGAGCAGUUUUAGUACAAAUAUGAAUUUUGCUAUUGCUACUGAAGUUGUAGGAAGUGAUUUCGGUCCAUCGAAAAGAAGUGGUGUAAUGGGUUUAGGAUUAGAUCCAAUGUCCACCUUACCUUCAAAUCAAGGAUCAACACUUUUCUCAAGAUUAGUUAAAUCAAACUCAUUGGUAGAGAACAUAUUGGGAAUAAGACUUGAAAAAGGUCAACAAAACCAAGGUGUAGUCACUCAAGAAGGUGGUGGACAAUAUACAUUAGGCGGUAUAGAAGAGAAUUACGUAGUAGGAGGAAGAAAUGGUUUGACCUGGACCAACGUUGGAAGUCAGAAUUACUGGGGUAUAACGAUGGAAGAUGUAUCUGUCGGAUCCCAAUCUGCUCUGAGUCAAGAUACAACUACGCCAAGAAGAGCUAUUAUCGAUACCGGUACAACUUUAAUCAUAACGUCUAACACUGCUUCAUCACUUAUACACGCUCACAUCUUUGGAUCAUGGCAAGAUCCGAGAUCAUCAAUUUGGUAUAUUCCAUGUACGACUUCAUACCCAUCUACUGGAAAUGUGUUUUUCACCAUAUCAGGUAGGAAAUUUGGUGUUCCGAUAUCUGAUUUAGCAUGGAAGAAAAGUUCGCAAAUUGAUGGAAUGUGUAUUUCUGGCGUACAAGGCGGUAUGGAAGGGUUCACUGUUUUAGGUGAUAUGUUCAUCAAGAAUCAUUAUGUCGUUCUUUCUUAUGGAAAUGAUGGUAAUGAGACACAAGUUGGUCUUGGGGAUAGAACCGAUGUUGCACAGAUUCUGUGA